UUAAUAGUGAAAAUGAGCAACUACCGAUACUCAAAACUCAACGAAGAAGAGAUCUCAUUGGAGGAUAUGCCAUCCUCGGCUAACCAAAUUCUGACUCGGCAAGAACAAAUAAUUCAAGAACAAGACGAUGAACUGGAGCUCGUCGGAAAUUCGGUGCGAACGUUGAGAGGAAUGAGUUCGAUGAUAGGCGACGAAUUGGAUCAGCAAUCUACAAUGCUAGACGAUUUAGGACAAGAAAUGGAGUACUCGGAAACUCGACUGGACACUGCUAUGAAGAAAAUGGCAAAGCUGACGCACCUGGAGGAUGAGUCCAGUCAAUGCAAAAUGAUCAUGGUGCUCUCAGCUCUCCUGUUUUUCCUCGUCUUUGUCCUUCUGGUCUGACGACGUACGUGCCAUAUAUAGUUGACUUCUCUUCUCUCACAUUUCAUAUUUUUAUUAUUAUCAUUAUUAUUAUUAUCGAUUUUUGCUCCCAGUCUCAAUCCAAAGGUACAUAGUACAUUCCUUCCCCACUGUUAGACAAAUGACAAGUCUGUAGAUCAGAACUACUUCUGGGCUUUUUUUUCUCUUUUUUCUCUUUUUUUAAAGUCUUUUUUCCCAUGUUCGUAUCCGUAUCGGGUGUGAAAACUAAUAUUUUAUAUUUUUAUAUAAAUGAAUAUUUUCAACAUUAUUU